UUCAAAUUUUCAGUUCGAGGUGAAAUGUCUGAGCGAAUAGACGUGUUUGUGAUUGUUCAAGCGCCCACAAGAACUUGGGUGACCGCUCCCAAGUGAAAUACUUUACAAAAAUCGUGUAAAAACUAUUAAUUCGUUAACUUUUAACUGAAAAGAACACUCCAUUAAUGGAAAAGGAAUUCAUUAAAAUGCAUCGACUAUUAGCAACAAUGUGAAAAUUCUGGUGUUUUUAUCGAUUCCUUGUCGACAGUCGUAGAAAAACUUUUUCCACGCUUUGACAGUGAUUUUCACAAAAAUUUAUUGACUGACAAAUAGCAAAAAAAAAUUCUGCUUUUUCCUUUAUAAAAGUUUAAAGCGAAGAAAGCGAAAAAGGAUCGAAAAAUUAUAUCGACGAUAUGAAAAUGUGUAACGACAUAGCAGUGGAUUGAAAAUAAACUAUGGUGUUAGUUGUGAAAUUUAGUGUAAAUUGCAUUGGAAAAACUUUUUGAAAAGUCAUAAUGGAAAAUGUUCGGUAUGAAGGUGUACUAAAUUUUGGAUAACGUUUAGAGAAAGGUGAUUGGAUAUGCGCUUAGGGGGUGCCACGAGUGGCGUAGACCCCCUGGUAAUGGGAUCCGGAAACGAUUAUGCGGAAUUGAGCGAUUUGGGCCCAUCAAGAUGGAGUUCGCGAGGCUAUCAUCCACCACACAGUUCUGUACAUCAUCCAACGUCAGCCAGUUCGACACACAUACGGUCCAACAGUUUCGAAGCAGAAGAUAUUGUUGGUCCUUACGGCAACACAAGAAUCGGAAACAGUACCAGUUCGUUGCGUGGUCGAUCUGGUUUGUAUUAUUCACCUCCUGGCACAUCGUACACAAUUGUCGAACGACCGCAUUCACCGCAUUACUACUACAAUACUGCUGGAGCUCCGCUGAAAAGUGGCUCGUUGCCGGGCCGAGGUACUUAUCUCGGAUCAUCGACACAUGUGCCGAGCGGAGCCGGCACAGUACCCAGUUCAACCAGACACAAUGGCAAAAAGCAGCCAUUAUCUCCCGAACAAGUCAUUCGUAUGUUCGGCACAACAACAUCAUCAUCUUCAGUUCCUAUGAGUUAUCGUUAUAGCAAUGGCACUAGAGAUCGCGGCAGAAGAAGUCCAGCUAGUAGUCCACCUUCCACCACUCAUCAGGUGUACCGUGAACGAGAACGAGAUCGUAGCAUACCAAACAUUAGUGAAUUAACUACAAGAACAGUCACGAUGUCCCGAGAUCAACAGGAUGGACAUGGUUUUGGAAUAUGUGUUAAAGCUGGAAAAGAGCCUGGCGUUGGAGUGUAUAUUUCUCGUAUAGAAGAAGGUUCCAUGGCUGAAAGAGCUAAUCUUCGGCCAGGAGAUACAAUACUUGAAGUAAAUGGUACACCAUUCACAUCUAUCAACCAUGAUGAAGCGUUGAAGCGAUGUGUGCAAAUUUUGAAAUCAUCACGUCAAAUCAGUAUGACUGUCCGGGCGCCGCCGUCAUUGAAUUCCGGUGUUCCUAUGCAAGGAUUCGGACCACAAAUAUCAGCACUUCGUGAUUCAUACACGCAGCCGUUCCGUCAAACAUGUUCCUGGAUGGAUCGUCAUGGACGACCAGCUUCCCCACCAAUGGAAUAUGGAGGCCGAAGGCAUGAGAGGAGAGACAGAAUAAAACGAGUUGAACUUCUCAUCGAACCGGGCCAAUCGUUGGGUUUGAUGAUUAGAGGUGGCGUAGAGUAUGGUCUAGGAAUUUUCAUAACUGGAGUUGAUAAAGACAGCGUAGCAGAUCGAGCUGGUUUGAUGAUUGGCGAUCAAAUAUUAGAAGUGAAUAGUCAGUCAUUUCUGGACGUAACACAUGACGAAGCUGUGAGUCAACUGAAGUACCAUAAAAGAAUGUCCCUUCUGGUGAGAGAUGUGGGGAAAGUGCCACAUUCAUGUACGUCUAUCGAGCCUGAACCAUGGGAUACUUAUAGUCCGACAGGAACACGGAGUCGAAAGAAAUGUCCAAUCUCUGCAAUGGUCGAAGAGAAAGCCAGAUCCCUGCUUCCAAGACACCAUUUUGCAAGCCUCUCAUACUAUAUAACUGAAUAUGGUGCUCGGGGGAUGACCAUAGAUGCCUUUGUCGCUGUUUUAUUAGAAAUGUUAGAUACAUCAGAAAAGCACUCUUUAGUAACUGAAAUUAGAGAAUUAGUUUAUCCCGAAGAUCGAACAAAAUACGAUGAACUAGUUUAUAGAAGAGAUACUUAUUUGACUGAUAGAGAUAGACAUCGGGUAAGUUUUGAUAGAAAAGGAGAACAUGGACACCCCCACGAUUUACCGGUAUCUGAAGCUGAUUUGGAGGUGAUGGUAGCAACGAGCUCCGCACCAACAGACGACACGGGAACCAGUGAUAUAAGACAUCGACCUCGUGCUCCGCUGCCAUACCGACCACUGUCCGCUGGUCCAGUGCUGCAUCAUCAUUAUGCAUCUAAUCGGCCAUUGGGUGGCUCACAUAAUGAUAUUCCACGCACAAUAGUUUCACCUGGCAAAGGUGGACGAUUUAAUAAGGACUACAACUGUGACGAUUCACGAUCACGACGAGGAAGCGAAACCCAACUGCAUCGAGGAGACUAUGAUGCGGAUCAGGGGGGCUACUUUGGUGGAAUUCGAUCACAUUUGGGCGGUUUAACGCAACGCGUCAAAUCUUGGUACUGGGGCCGACCUCUCGAGCUGGCAACAAAACUGUCAAGAAGCUUUGACAUGAAAGAGGAUAGUAGUAAUAUGCUAGGGGACAAGAGUGUUAGAAGGCAUCAGUCAAUGCAACGGCUAUCAACUGAGCCGAAUGGUUCAACAAAUGAACCAAACCACGAACACAAUCCCAACGUUGUACCUGAUAAUAAAGGAAACUUACACAUUACCGUUAAGAAAACCAAGUCAAUCUUAGGCAUAGCUAUUGAAGGUGGUGCUAAUACAAAGCAUCCCCUGCCUAGAAUAAUAAAUAUUCAUGAACAUGGUGCUGCAUUCGAAACUGGUGGGUUAGAGGUGGGCCAGUUAAUUUUAGAAGUUGAUGGCAACAAAGUGGAAGGAAUGCAUCACCAGGAUGUGGCACGCCUUAUAGCCGAAUGUUUUGCAAAUCGCGAUAAACCAGAUAUCACGUUCUUAGUAGUGGAAGCGAAAAAAUCCAAUCUAGAGCCGAAACCAACAGCACUCAUCUUUCUCGAAGCCUAACAUUUGCUUGCCCUGCCGGCUAGCGAUCCUGAUGAUGCUCAACAUUUACAGAAAGGGAUCGACCUUACCGCUCACAAUUGAUGGAAAAUCUGCGCCCUUUUAUCACCAGCGAUUGAUAAUCUCAAUCAAAAUCGACAUUACCUCUUAGAAAAGGAAAAAGAUAAAUUGUUCGUUUGCAUAGAGAGAUGCGAUCGUUUUUUGUUUAGAAAAUUUUGUAGAAUUUUUUUCGGUUCGUUUUUGCCUUUGUUGUCUUCGUAAAUUGUUGAAAAGAAAGUUUUUGUUGAUCCAUAAGUGGACUAUUUAGUUAAACUGCGGCAACAUUGGAUACAACAAAUUUGAGUUUUAGAUAUUUGAAUUAAAAUGAAAAUUUUUCAGUUAACAACAACUUUGGCACUUGUUAACAGCUGACACCGUUAGCUUCCUCGUUAUCAAAGUGCCGAUGAAAGCGGCUCUAAAUAACCGAAAUUAUGUUGAUGACAAAAUCCUUCGUACAAUUUAAUAAAAUAAAAUUUUUAUUUCAAUUAGAAUUCCACAGAAUAUGGUUUCCUCCAGAUCCAUUGAAAAAUCCCCCUUUCCUCAGUGUUUUAGUCGUAAAAAGAGUAAACGUUUUCGUUCCAAUAUGUAGUCGUCAAAAAGUACAACCGUCUUUGAAAUGUGGUGACGAUUUAGUAUUUGUACCACUACAUUUCAAGACUCCAAAGUAUAAUUAGAUGUGGAAUCAUGCUUUACGUUUCUAAAAACAUUAAAAUUGAAAAUGGAAAAUUUCUUAGGAAUCUUUGUGUGAUUUUGUUAGAACUCAUCAAAAAUCCAUUCAAAGAUUUAACUAGGAUUUUGUGGUGUUGUGUUUCAUGCUAAAAAAAAUGAGAAUAAAAACAAAUUUAGGUAAAAAGCUUAAGAACAUAAAAUUAAACUAAAGUAAAAUUUGAAUUAGAGUCCUUUAAAUGUAGUGAAACUAUUUUUGAUUUGCGCUUUUUUGGUUAGUUUAUUUUUUGUUUCAAUUUACAAGAAACGAUAAUUGUGCGCGGUAAAGACAAAUUUAAUAAAGAUAUUCUGGCCGACAGGGUUUUUUAUAAAAAAAAUAUUUUUUUUUUAAUUUUCUUACAAUUCACUAAAACUUUGUGUUUCAAAUUCAAUAACCUUUGGGGGUUUGUUCGAUAAUAUUUUACUUCAACGUUAGUUUUAUCGGACCCGAAGAUUAUUAAAUGAAACAAACAAACUCAAAAAAAGAAACAUUGUGAAUCGAAAAAAGUUUCCAAGUCUCCCGAGCAAUUCGAAUCGAAACGAAUAUAUUGCACACAACAACAAAAAAAAGACAGCACAUUUUCGUUCGUUUGGGGGCAGUUUUUUUUGACAAAAAAAAGUAAAUCGAAACAUUUUCAACUCCACGAUGCUAAUUUAUUUUAUAAUUAUUUAGCGUUUGUGUGCCAAAAAAAAUUAAACCAAAAUCUUUAAAGAAAAAAAGUUGCAACGGUAUAAUGUAAGUAAACUCAAUGAUUACAAAAAAAGAAGAAAUUUUAAAUGAAAAAAAUACAAUUCAAAAUUAGGUAAAAAAGCAAAUAAAAAAUAAUGUGUGCUUGAAUAUGCUUCAAUCGAAUUAUAGCACUAAGGAAAUGUGUAAGCAAAAUUAAACAGAAAAAAAAAAACAAUUUUUAAUAUUAAAAAAAGACUUAAUUUGAGUGAGUAACAUAUUUGUUGU